AUGGGGUUUAACUGUAAUUCACCAUCCAUCUUGAUUUCAAUUCCUUCUUCUCUGGUGCUUGUUGUAACCAAGACAGUAGAGCAGAAGACCACAGGUGGUAUUCAGUCGCCUUCUACCGCUCAGACUAAGCCACAAGGAAGUGAGCUCCUUUCUAUUGAGAAGGUUAAGACCGUCGGGAAGGCCCAAGUCGAUGUUAGUGUGAAGACUGGUGCUCAAAUCAUUUACUCCAAAUAUGCCGGAACUGAAGUGGACUUGAAUGGAGUAAGCCAUCUUUUAUUGAAUGACGAUGGCAUUGUUGGUAUUCUCGAGACCGAAGAUGUCAAGGAUUUUAAGCCCCUGAGCGAACACGUGUUGAUUAACGUUGAGGAGGCCGAGAAGGAAACUGCUGGUGGGUUACUUCUAACAGAGGAUAGCAAGGAGAAGCCCUCCAUUGGAACGGUAAUUCUCUUGGGGACUGGUCAUCUAAACGAACAACAUCAUAGUAUAAAGGAUUAUCGAAGAAAAUCUCUAUCAUAG